CUGAUACAAAAUGUUACAGAAGUGGAAACACGUGUCACCCAUUGUGUACUUUUAUUACAUGUCAUUCCCUUGGAUUGCCGCACAUUUGGCGGUUUUUUGCAAAUUGAUACUCCCGUAAUUCACUGCCAUAUCCAAUAUGCUAAUGAGAGUGUAGUUCAGGAUUUCAUUCGCUGAUACAUGUAGAUGUGAAUCAAACUAGAUAUUUAAACAGCUGAAAACAACCUGUUUCAAUAUGCUGAAGAAGAGAUGACCGACGUGGAAACUGGAGGAUCAUUUGUGUACAACGCUUAAUGGAUUCGCAACACUUCAUGACGACAUGAGAGUUUGGAUUUUCUAAUUGGAAACAUUGUGUGAAGGAGACACCAUUGGAACCCGUCGGCAAUAUUUUAAAGCAGGAACACAUUUGUGAACCUGUGAAAAGAUAAUCAUGGGAUGGUUUCGUGACUAUAUGGCUGAUGUGAACUUCAAGGGAUACGCCGUGGUGGUCUUAGCGACCCUAGUUAACAUUCCAGUCGCUGGAUUUAUGCAAAGUUUCGGAGUUUUCGUGAAGACCUUUGACAAGUAUUACUGCCCAGGAGACUGCCUUCAGCUAUUAGGAUGGAUCGCCGCCUUGCCGUACGCCAUCAACCUCAUAAUCUGUCUGGUAGUCCUCCGCAUCCAGACACGCUUUGGCGACCGAGGACCCUUCAUUAUCGGUGUCAUCCUCUCCGCUGGAAGCCUGGUAGCCACGUCCUUCGUUAGUAAUAUCUACAUCAUGUUUGGGUCGUAUUGCCUCCUGUUCGGGAUAGGUUCAAGCCUGGUGAUGUACGUCCCAUUCGCUGUACUUGAUUGGCAUUUCCCCGAGGAUCAUCCGAGACAUGUGCUAGCUACCAGUAUUGUUACCUUGGGGGCACCAGUUGGUGUCUUCAUCAUGAAUCCACUCGCCUCCUACCUCGACAACCGAGAGGGCGUAGGUACGGACGGUUGGCGCUACUCCCUGCGGACCUUCGCCGUGGCAAUCCUGCUGCUGGGUCUACUGCCCGUGACAGUCAUGAAGCGACCAACUAUCGUAAUAAAGAGGCAGGAGGAGUACGAGGAGAUGGACGGAGAAGAGGGAGAACCGACGGAGCCAAAACCCUUCAUUUCAAGACACUUCCGCGAGAGUUUCAAUACGCUGUCGAUAAUGUGGGUGUUGACCAUCAUGUUUAUAUCGUACGGGAUUUUUAUACCAAAAAUACAUUUUAUAAACUAUAUGUCCGCAAGUCUCAAUGUUUCGGAAGAGUUAGCCGCCCAAGCAAUAGGAUACGAGGGGAUAGCAGAAACGAUAUCAACACUUACAGUUUCGUUAUUAGGUACUCUUCUAUCAAAACAUCUAUUUUAUUUCUACCUGGUCGGCUGUGGGACACUAGCUGUAGCUAAUGGAGUACUGAUUCUUGCUGAUCGAUAUUUCGAAGUUGUCAUAUAUUGUAUGGUUCACGGCGCCAUGGAUGGUUUCCUGAUGACCUUGACAUUCCCUAUCAUUGACCUUGUGGUAAAGAAGCGGGAGCAUAGGAACUAUGUCUGGGGUUUUACGCAGCUUGGUAUCGGAGUGGGACAGCUCAUUGGUUUGCCAAUGACAGGUUUUAUGUACGAUAUGACCAAAUCAUAUAGCUCGACUUUCUGCACAUGCGCAAUAAUAUUCGGCUUGUCAUUUUUCAUGGUCGGAUUUGUGUUCAUAGGGUCGAAAAUACGAGCGUACAGGAAUAAUCGAGAGGAGGAAGAGGACAAGGAAAUACUGUCAAAACCAAAGGAUCAGCUGACGAUCGAAGCGCCGCCUGGGGGCGGUGUGGACAAUAAAGGUUUCGAGGAUGGGAAGGAUCAGGGUUGAUAUCACGUUUGUACUUCCUCUCAUGGUAGUUUAUUGCCAACUACGGACUCUGUCGCAAGUUAAAAGUAACCGAAAUCUCUGGCAAGCAACGAUUGGGCAAUCAAAGCGGGUUAAUUUUGGUGAAUUAGCCACGUGGCCUAGCGCAACUCUUGCAAAUACCCGACAGAAUCAGGAAUAUACGACCUCGAGCAACCUGGUGUUGGUAACCAUCUACUGCUACAACUCUCAGUGUCAAAAAGUAACAUCCCUGGCCGCAGGCAGCAUUAGCGCUACACCACAUUAUAUACCAUCGCGGCGGCUUUGCGUUUCAGAUACAAAUCCGGUCCACCCCAACCUUCCAUGGGCGUUUUGACCCCAUAUACUUAAGAAACGUGCCACAGUGGUGUGCCACACAGCAAAUUGAUGUUACGUCUGCACAGUACUUGUGAUAUACAUGUAUA